AUGUUUUCCUCUCACAGCAGAUCUAUUUCCCCCGAGCCCAGCAGGUAUCCCAGAAGAGUUACUGUUAUUGGUAGUGGUAACUGGGGUUCGACCGUCUCACGUCUGGUUGCUAUCAGAGCAACUCGUGAUGGUAACAAGUAUUAUGAUGAGGAAGUGAGGAUGUGGGUAUUUGACGAAGAAGUUGAUUACAAGGGCGAGAAGCGAAGUUUGGUCGAUGUUAUUAAUACACAUCAUGAAAAUGUGAAGUACCUGCCUGGUAUCACACUCCCCGAUAAUGUUGUGGCCAAAGCUGACCUCAAAGAGGCUGUUGUCGGUGCUGAUAUUCUCAUAUUCGUCCUUCCUCAUCAAUUUUUGCCAAAAGUUCUCUCACAGAUCAGAGAUUCAGUCCGUGAUGAUGCUAUUGCUGUAUCUCUCAUUAAGGGUGGUUUCGACCGUGAACUGCAGUCCGACGGGUCAAGCAAGAUUGUCUUAUGCAGUGACCUUAUUUCCGAUGCUCUACCACAGCUGAGGACGGUAGCUGUUCUAAUGGGUGGAAAUCUUGCUAUUGAAGUCGCUAGAGAUCAGUUUUGUGAGGCGACUUUGGGGUGUUUCGAUAGAAAGUCUGCUUGGAUUCUCCAGAACCUUUUCGACAGCGAAAUGUUUUCUGUGAAUCACGUACGAGAUGUGCAAGGAGUUGAAAUGUGCGGUGCUUUGAAGAACAUAGUUGCUAUUGGCGCUGGGUUUUGCGAUGGCUUGGGUCUUGGAAUGAACUCUAAAUCUGCGGUUCUACGUAUUGGCUUGGAGGAGAUGAGGAAAAUUAUCAAGUUCAUCUACCCUGACGUCCCGGAUCAGACUUUUUUCGAGAGUUGUGGUGUUGGUGAUUUGAUCACUACUUGUUUUGGUGGUCGAAACCGUCGUUGUGCUGAGGCAUUUGCCAGAGCUGAUGGAAAGAAGUCUUGGGAGGAUAUCGAGAGUGAAUUACUCGGUGGUCAGAAGUUACAGGGUACUUUGACUUUACUUGAGAUUGUUGAUGUGUUGGGAGACGCUCCUAUCAAGAAGGAACUACCUUUGUUUGCUGCUAUUUAUCGCUGUGCGUUCAAGGGUGCAGAGCUGGAGGAGUUCGUGAAGAAUCUCAACACUAAGCAAAUGCAUCCUGGCCAUGCGUAUCUGGUUAACCCGUAUGAGGUGAAGAAAUAG